UGAUGUGUUGAUGCUAUUAUCUUAAUCACAUACUUGAUCAUCCAAAUUCAUCCUAAUCAUGGGUGGAAGUUCCCUCCAACUUCUCUUCACUUGUAUUGUCCUUUUGUUGUGCUUGAAACCAACCCUUGGAAAUUACUGGAGGGUGGGGGACGCUAACCAUAGUUGCGUAGAGCGUGAGAGACAAGCACUUCUCAAAAUUAAGGAAGACCUUGUUGAUGACUAUGGCCUUCUUUCUUCUUGGAGUACUGCAGAGGGGAAAAAUGAUUGUUGCAAAUGGAGUGGGGUAAGCUGUAGCAACCAAACAGGCCACAUAAUCAUGCUCAAUCUUAACUUCUCAGUCUUGGAACCUUUGAGAGGUAAACUUAGUCCAUUCUUGGCUGAUUUGCAAUAUUUGAAUUAUUUGGAUGUGAGUUUCAAUGAUUUUAAUCACAGCCCAAUUCCAGAGUCCAUUGGUUCUCUGUCCUUCUUAAGUCACCUUGAUGUUACAAAUGCUAAUUUCGGAAGAAACAUUCCUUUUCAGCUUGGAAACAUUUCUAGGUUGGAGUAUCUUGAUCUAAACUACAAUCAUUUUAAUAAUCCCAAAAACCUAGAGUGGCUUAGUCAACUUUCUUCUUUAAAACACCUUGGCAUGGUUGGGGUUAACCUGAGCAAAUUUAACAAUUGGCUCCAAAUAGUGAAUAAACUUCCUUUCUUGACAUCCUUGUACUUGGAGCAUUGUAAUCUUCCGAAUAUUUUCUCUGUUCCCCUUGCUAAUUCUUCUACUUCUUUUGAUGUUCUCUAUCUCCCUUAUAACAGUCUCACUUCCUCUUCUUCAGUACUAGAGUGGUUGUUCAACUCCAACUCUAGUGUUGUUGAACUCUCGCUCUUUGGUAACCAAUUCCAAGGUAUGAUUCCUGAUGGUUUUAGCAAAAUAAAGUCUCUUGCAGAUCUCUAUCUUGAUGAUAAUGAGUUUGAAGGUGGAAUACCAAAAUCCUUUGGUGGUAUGUGUAAUUUAAAAACAUUGUCUCUCAUACGGGCCAAUCUCAGUGGAAAAUUCCUAGGAAUUAUUCGUAACUUGACUGGGUGUGCACAACACUCAAUAGAGAACUUGUAUUUAGAUGGGAAUCAAAUCACAGGAAAAUUACCUAAUCUCACAACAUUUCCAUCAUUGAGUGCAUUAUCACUUUCUAGUAAUCAUUUGAAUGGGAAAAUACCUGAGAGUUUGGGAAAAAAAUCCAGCCUAGAAACUUUGAAUCUUGGGAAUAAUUCAUUUGAAGGUGUUAUUUCUGAAACCCACUUCUCAAAACUAAAAAAAUUGAAGUAUUUGGACUUAUCGUAUUCCCCAUUGAUUUUCAACUUCAGCUCUAAUUGGGUUCCACCUUUCCAAUUGGAACGGAUAUUUUUAAGGUCUUGCCAACUAGGCCCUCGAUUCCCAAAAUGGCUUCAAACUCAGAAAAAUUUCUAUUGGCUUGAUAUUUCUAAUUCUGGAAUUUCUGAUAACAUUUCCCAUUUCUAUUGGGACUUUUCUCCACAACUACUCGUUUUGGAUUUGUCUAAUAACCAAAUCAGUGGUCAUAUUCCAUAUUUUUCAUUGGAAAUCUCCAAUUUCCCCUUUAUAGACCUGAGUACAAAUAAUCUGGAAGGUGAAAUACCAUCAUUUUUAUUUAAAGCGGAACACUUGAAUCUUUCCCACAAUAUGUUUUCAGAGCCAAUCCAAUCUCUAUGUACAAUCAAAAAUGAAUUUUUGAUCUUUUUAGAUCUCUCCAAUAAUCGAUUAUCAGGAGAGCUUCCUGAUUGUUGGAUGCAUCUUAAAGGAUUGAAAAUUCUCAAUUUGAAAAACAAUCAUUUUUUUGGGGAAAUCCCAAGAUCGAUGGGCUUGCUACUUGGGAUUGAAACAAUUGAUUUAAGAAACAAUAGUUUUAGUGGGGAAAUUCCUUCAUCCUUGAAGAAUUGUACAAAAUUGAAAUAUAUUAAUCUUGGACACAAUAACUUGUCGGGACAAAUACCGAUGUGGUUAGGGACUAGCAUUCCAAAUUUGGUUGUCCUUAUCCUUCGAUCUAAUCACUUACACGGAAUCAUGCCUUCACAUCUAUGCCAUCUUGCUCAUCUUCAACUUUUAGACCUUGCUUUAAACCAAAUCUCUGGAAGUAUACCAAAAUGUCUCAACAAUAUAACUGCUUUGACUCAAAAAUUGAGCUCAAGCACCACCAUCACCCAUGAGUAUACUGAAAUGUUGGGCAUGAUGCUAUAUUCAAUUGUAUAUGAUGACCAAGCAUUUUGGAUGUGGAAAGGAAGCGAGCAUGAGUACAAGAAUAUCCUCGGACUAUUAAAGAGCAUUGAUCUCUCAAGUAAUAAAUUAACUGGCACAAUUCCUGAAGAAAUUACAGAACUUGUUGAAUUGAUAUCUUUGAAUCUCUCAAGAAACCUUUUAUUUGGACAAAUUGUUUCAAAUAUUGGUGCAUUACAAUCUUUAGAUUUCUUGGAUCUAUCUAAGAACCAGCUUUCCGGUAGAAUUCCUUUUAGCCUUUCUCAUAUUGAUCGGCUAAGUGUCUUGGACUUGUCAAACAACAAUUUGUCAGGAAAAAUUCCGACAGGUCCUCAACUAAGUACCUUUGAUGCUUCCUCAUAUGAGGGGAAUCCAAAUCUUUGUGGAGAGCCACUUCCAAAGUUAUGUCUAGGAGAAGGAAUAGCUCAAAAUCCAGCCAUGAAUGGGAGCAGAGAACAUGUUGGCAUCCAAGAAGAGGAAGAAGGGUUUAUAAACCGAGGGUUUUAUGUUUGUGUGGCCCUUGGAUUUAUAGCAGGUUUCUGGGGAGUUGUUGGCACAUUACUAUUGAAUAUGUCACUGCGAGUCACCUAUUUCAGGUUCUUGAACGGUUUCAAAGAUAGGUUUCUUUAUGGCAAUAGCACUGAAUAUGGCCAGAUUUCAGAGGCAGCUUUAAAAUAAGAUAAUCGUUUCACCAGGUGUUGCUCUAUAAGUCUGUGACUUAGAAUACUUUUCUCUGGGAGCUGUAAUUUUAUGGUAAACUUUGUAUUCGGUAUAUGUGUGAGAUUUGGAGUGUACUGCAAAAAGACUCGUCGAGUAUUGGUAAAUUUAUAUGUAUCUCAACAUUGAAUAAAUGCAUGUUAAUAUUUGUUUGUAGAAUUGUUGACACUGAAUUUCGAGCCAACAUUAAUUACAGGUCUUGACUCAGGUUCA